CAAGCAAACCCACCAAAUUGUUCGACCAGCAGCACUCCCUCCCCGUCUGGAUCGCGUCGCACGUGCUGCUUCCCUCCUCGUAUGCCUCCGCAGCUCCCACCCUCAACCUCCGUCUGUUCGACUUCCUUCCUGCCCCGUCCCACAUGCACCAAAUCCUGUUUCCAGUCUACCGGCAAAAGAAUAAAAAAAUUCCUACCUCUAGACAUCUCAAAGCGAAAUAAAAAUGAUCCAAUAGUCGCGGGCAUAGAUCUCGACGUUUUUUUUUCUUUCUUUUGACUUUUCGUCUAUGUCUGUUUCUUUUCAUUUUUGUUUUCUUUUUAAUUAGUGAGUCGUAAGAUUUUUCGCUUGCCAAGCGAACGAGAGCUGUGCUUUGCUCGCCAUUGACUUGAUCCCUGCUCACUCGUCCCGCGAACAAAAGCCAAAGCCCUCUUCCUUGUUUGCCGUGUCUGAUCCGAGCAGAGCAAGGAGGAAACCGAGGUUUUGCAAUGGCGAGCGCUUUCCUCUCUUCCAUCCUAUCAAAAACCAGCCAAGUACUGGGCUUUGCUCAGAGAUCGGCAGUCUCGCCGUCUUCGUCAUCGGAUCCACGCAGCAGUGUCCGAAAAGAUCUGGAGAAGCUGGAGAGAACAUUGAAGAGGAUCCAGGCAGUGCUCCAUGAUGCGGAGGAGAGGGAGAUACGAGACGAAUCCGUCAAGCUCUGGCUGAAGGAGCUUAAAGAAGUGGCUUAUGAAGCAGACGACGUGCUGGACGAGUACCAGUACGAGGUACUGCGAGCCCAAGUAAAAGGCCGAGCUUCCCGCAAGAGGAAGCGAGUGGAAGGGGUCGACGAUGGGGAGGAGGUUUCAAUUCCGGACGGCAUGGGGGAUAGAAUCAGGGACAUCAGGGAGAGGCUCAAUGAGAUCUUGCGGGAUCGGGAACGCCUCCGUUUAAAAGAGGAAGAUGGAGAGCGACGGGUCCUCGAAGUUCCAUACCCCACACCAACCAGCCACAUGGUGGAUGAGUCGAGUAUUUAUGGAAGGGAACGCGACAAGCAGGAGGUAAUUGAUUUGCUGUUUUUCGAGGGUGUGGGAAAUGGUGUCUCCGUCAUUCCGAUUGUCGGCAAGGGGGGACUAGGAAAAACCACCAUCGCCCAGUUGGUCUACAAGGACCCCAAGGUAAAACAAUAUUUCAAUCUAACUGGAUGGGUUUGUGUAUCCGAUGAUUUUGAUGUUCCAAGGCUAACAAAGGCCAUCAUUGAGUCUCUUCCUGGAAGUUCAUGUGAUUCUACACAACUAAGCAAACUUCAAGAUACUCUCAAGGAAAAGCUGAAGGGGAAGACAGUGUUGCUGGUGCUCGACGACGUCUGGAAUGAACAGCAAAGCCGUUGGGAGAGCUUAAGAAAUCCCUUCCUUGGUGCAAAAACGGUGACAAUUAUCAUGACCUGUAGGAAUGAUUCGGUCGCCGAGAUCAUGCAGACAGUGCGUCCUUAUCAUCCUGACUGCUUGUCUCCAGAGCAGUCUUGGUCAUUAUUCAGACAUUAUGCAUUUGGUGGUCAAGACCCUGUACAACAACCAAGCUUAGUGGAUAUGGGUAAGCAGAUUGUCAAGAAGUGUUCCGGUUUACCAUUGGCUGUGAAGUCAAUAGGAAGCCUUCUGAGAUACACGGCAGAUGAAGAUAGCUGGAUGGAUGUCAUACAAAGUGAUAUAUGGGAAGUCGACGAGAAGAAUGAGAUUUUGCCAGCUCUUAGAUUAAGCUAUAGCCGCAUGCCAGCCCGUCUAAAACCUUGUUUCGUUUAUUGUUCCAUGUUUCCCAAGGAUUAUCUAUUUGAGAAAGAUGAAUUAGUCCGAUUGUGGAUGGCGCAAGGUUACAUCCAGACAUGUGGAGGUAGAAGAAGUAUCGAAGACAUUGGCACUGAAUAUUUCAUUGACUUGCAAAGAAGAUCGUUCUUUGAUUUCCAUCAUUCUAAGUUUUUUAAGAUGCAUGAUAUGAUGCAUGAUCUGGCGAAAUCUAUUGCAGAAAAUGAGUGCUGGGCAAUUGUGGAUAAGAAGCUACCUGGUCUCCCCGAUGAGGUUCGCCAUUUAUACGUGCAAGUGAAAGAGAUAUUUGUGAAAUUACCAUGCUCGUAUAAUUUUAGCGCCUUACGGUCCUUGUUAAUCCAGUAUUGGUAUGGAGAUCACAUAGCAAUCGCAAAUAUAAUCAAGAAUCUGCCGCUACUAAGAUGUUUACGGACUCUACAGUUUUAUUGGAAAAUAAAAGAUGAGAUCCCAGAUUUACUCGGAAACCUGAAGCACCUACGCUACUUACGUAUCUCAUCCGACACAAUUGAGAAGGUCCCUGAAUCAAUAUACCUCCUUUAUCACCUACAGAUAUUGUUUCUUGAUUGCCCGAAUCUUGCAGAGUUGCCAGAUGGCCUAGGCAACCUUACUAACCUCCACCACCUAGAAUUUGGGAGCAAGAAAAUUCUCUGCCUGCCAGUUGGGAUCCGAAAACUAACAAAACUUCAGAGCUUUCUUGGAUGUUAUAAAUUGCAGGGUGAGAUAGCACAGCUAAAGGAUUUGGUGAACCUCAAAACUCUCAUCAUCUCAGGGCUCAGGAACGUGGUCAACAUAGAGGAUGCCAGGGAUGCCAGUCUUAAACACAAGCAUAAACUUCAGAAGUUGGGUCUAUAUUGGAAUGCGGUCGACUGCAUAAAUGAUCCGUAUCAUAAGGAGCAAUAUUACAGAUUACUACAUCUAGAAGCUUUUUCAGGGGAAAAUAAGGAUGUCCCAAUGGAAGAAAAAUGGGAGGAAGCCAUGCUCGAGUAUCUCCAACCUCAUGCCAACCUCAAAAUGUUGCUUAUACAUGGGUAUGGUGGUUCCAAGUUUCCGGAAUGGGUGGGAGAUCCUUUCUCCUUUGCAUCACUUCAAGAAAUUUAUAUAAAGGAUUGUGAAAAAAUAAGCUCCCUUCCUCUAUACAUUCAUGACGACUCUCUUGGAAAACUAGAUGCACCCAUAUCAAAAUCCAUGCUUGAGAGGGUGCACAUUUCUGAUUGUCGGCAACUCACAUCCAUAGCAGGGCUGCAUCAUCUCCACUCGCUUAAAGAUCUGAAGAUAUACAAUUGUCCUCAACUCCGACUUUUAUCAGACGAAGGACUGCCAUCCAAUCUUCAAUAUUUGCAUAUUGAGGAGUGCCAACAGUUGACAUCACUGCCGAGGAUGCAAAACCUUACUUCUUCCAGAAGAUUAAUUAUACAAAAUUGCCCUCAACUUCAGCUCUUAUCAAAUUGGCUGCCAUACAUUCUUCGAAAUCCGUUUUUUGAGGAGUGCUGCUACGUGGGGAUGCAAUUACUCCCGAGGAUGCAAAUCCUUACUUCUCCCAGUAGAUUAAUUAUACACAAUUGUCCUCAACUCCGGCUAUUAUCAGAGAAAGGACUGCCAUCCAAUAUUCAAGAUCUGCAUAUUGUGGAGUGCCAGCAGUUGAUAUUACUACUGGGGAUGCAAAACCUUACUUUUCUUGGAAAAUUAAGUAUAAGAAAUUGUCCUCAACUCCGGCUCUUAUCAGAGGAAGGACUGCCAUCCAAUCUUCAAUAUCUGCAUAUUGAGGAGUGCCAACAGUUGACAUCACUACCGGGGAUGCAAAACCUUACUUCGCUCAAAGGAUUAAUUAUAAAAAAAUGUCCUAAACUUUGGAUCACGACAGAAGAUCGACUCUCAUCUAUGCCUGAAGAAGUGAAAAUUGUUGAUUGCCCUGGAUUGAGUAACUAGUGCCAAAUACAAAGAAUCGAGUGCAUUGAGGUUGCUUCAGGCAACAAGCUGACUAUAUCGAACACAUGGGAGAACAUAAUGAGUGGGUUUGAUGAUUUGACAUCCAUUGAGUAUCUUUAUUUCGGUAAUUGUUGGAGAUUCCAAAUGAGAAGAUUCCAUAUUUUGGUACUUGAAGAGUUGACCAUAUGGGGUUGCACAGACUUCCCACCGCUAUGGUACCUGCCCAGGCUCCCAUCUCUUCAAAGCUUGGUCAUAAAGGACUGUCCGAAAAUCGACUACCUGCCAUCUUCUCUUUUCCCAUCCACGCUUAAGUCGUUGGUGAUUGAUAGUUGUGAGGACCUAAGGGAUUUGCCGUUGGCGGAGAAGAAUCGAGAUGCAUUUGAGGAGCUGCAGCUUGCUAAUUGCCCUAAACUCGAACUGGUGCGAGGGCUGAAUUUCCUUUUCUUCCCAAAAAUCUUAAGAAUAGAACAAUGCCCUCAACUCUGGUUUCCACAAGAUGAUCGACAG